AUGGGACUCACCCGCGACAUCCUCCUCAAUUUCGUCGCGUCCUUCGGCUUCAUUAUCCUCUCUACCACCAAACCGUCCUUCAGCGCCUCAUACUCUGGGAAGAGCGGGAGGCAGUGCGCGGACCCAUGUCGCUUCGCCUCCACGACGCACCACGCCGACACCAUGGACGAUCGCGGCAGGAGUCACGAGCGUUGGAGCGACAUCGUCUCGGAAACUCCCUUGGGAAGGGCAGGCGUCAGGUGCAGCGGCUGGGACGAAACGAUACUUUCAAGCUGUCGAGUGAAGUUCCCAUACAAUGAAACGAUCGUCGCUGAGGUUCGAAGUAUACCCGAUGCGAAUUGGCACACCGAAGAAAAGAUAUGGCUCGUCCCUAUCGUUCAUCACCAGACACUGGCGAUGAAAAUGAAACAGCUUCACAAAGUGAAUGCCGUAUCCGAGUUCCGCGACAUCCCGGGAUUUGUAUUGGCAGCGUUCAACACAACGACGCGAGAAACGGUGGAUGAGAUGGCCGAGACGUUGGAGAGGGUGAAGGAGGCCUUACCGCCAAAGCUGUACGAAAGGCUGAUGCCGUUCCAAAAGAGUGGACUGCAGCAGAUCGUUAGGCGGAAGGGCAAAGUACUGCUGGGUGAUGAGAUGGGACUAGGCAAAACCAUCCAAGCGAUCGCUACAUGCUACUUCUAUCGCUCCGAAUGGCCCGUCCUCAUCAUCUGCCCUUCAUCGCUCCGUCUGACGUGGAAAGCCGAAAUUAUCAAAUGGCUCGACGUUCCAGAAACCGAUAUCCAAGUGAUAUUUACGGCGAAGGAUUUGUUAAAGGAGACGGCGACCUUUGCGAUCGUUAGUUACGAUCUUGCGAGUAGGAAGACGAUGGAGGAUCAGUUGGUACUGGCGAGGUUCAAGGUUAUCGUUGCGGAUGAAUCGCAUUACUUGAAGUCGCGUGAUGCCAAACGAACAAAGUGCAUCCUCCCAUUGAUAAAACGCGCAAAGCGGGCCCUCCUACUAUCAGGCACACCUGCCCUCUCCCGCCCCAUCGAACUCUUCACCCAAAUCGGCGCCCUGGUCCAACCUUUCACCUCCGCUACCCAGUUCGGCGUCCGUUACUGCGACGGCCGCCAAAGCCGCUACGGGUGGGACUUUACCGGCGCGAGCAACAGCGCCGAAUUGCAUUGGUACCUUGAACGCACGGUCCUUGUCCGCCGUCUCAAGAAGGAUGUGCUGAAACAGUUGCCGGAAAAGACGCGCCAAUGUGUGUAUGUGGAGGUUAGUGCGAAGGCGAAGGCGGCGUUAAAGAAGUUGAAGAUGAAGGAGGAGAAGUUGGAGGAUGCGAGGGCGGGCGGGACCGAGGAGAAGCAGGCGAAGAUCAUGGAGAAUCAGAGGUCGAAUUUCAUUGAGAUGUAUAAGGAGACGGGUAUGGCGAAACUGCCUGCGGUGCUGGAAUAUCUCACCGAGCUGUACAACCACACGACGAAGAAGUUUAUUGUCUUUGCGCAUCAUUUGGGCAUACUCAGCGCUUUAUCAGAAGAGUUCACCAAAUUGCAGGCAAAGUUCAUAAAGAUCGACGGCAGCACCCCGGCUCCCACCCGCCAACCCCUCUGCGACACCUUCCAAACCGACCCCGAAACCCGCGUGGCCGUUCUCGGCAUCACCGCCGCGGGCGUCGGCCUAACCCUCAACGCCGCCGACCUAGUCAUCUUCGCCGAGCUUUUCUGGAACCCCGGGCAAAUCCUCCAAGGGGAAGACCGCGCGCACCGUAUCGGCCGAAAGGGCAACGUCGACGUCAAAUACAUCCUUGCGAACGAUACCCUCGACGACGUGCAGUGGCCGCUCAUCAGCAGGAAACUGGAUGUUGUUGGGCAGAGUUUGGAUGGGGUGAGCGCCACGAUGGAUACGAUUGAGGAUACGAGUACGAAAGAGGAGAGGGAGAAACGGAAACAGCCGAGGAUUGAUACGGUGUUUGGGGUGGAGGAGGGUGGCGACGGUGAGGAAGGGGACGUGCUGGAUGAGUUGUUGGGAAUAUCGCAGAUGUCGCAACGGGGGAAUAGGAAGCGGGUGGAUAUCGCUCUUCCGAAGGGAGGAGGAUUUAUGGUCGAUGAUGAUGAUGAUGACGACCCUGCCCUGCUGCCGCCAAAAGGCAUCAACCGCGACACGAAUGCACAACACUCCCGCGACGUAACGUCCACAGCAGAAGAUAUCGACGAUCUCACGGAUGUAGAUAACUUUGAAGACGUCGACGACUUUGACACCCUCAACAGCGCGUUUCCCGAUGAGCCUCUGCCACCUUUAGGCACCCCCCACCAACCCUUAUCUCCACAUCACGCUCACAGCCCACCACAAAACACACCAUACGAAAUAGACGAUUUCCACGAUGUCGACGACUUUGAUCCCCUCGACAGCGUAUUCCCGGACGACCCACUCCCGCCCUUAAGCACGCAGUACCCGUCAGAUCCACCGCCCAGCACCAGUAUACCACCAGAAGAUGAGAUAGAUGAGUUUGCGGAUUUCGACGACCCGCUGGAUGACGUGUUUCCGGACGAGCUUGUCGAUGCGGCGCUCUUUGCGGAUCCUGGCGAUAGUGGUGGUGGGUUCUUCGUAGAGGCUGACGUGGAGGCGAAGGAUGGAGGUGGUGGGCUUCCGAUGGAUGAGGUUGAGAAUCAACAACCUAAGGAGAGAGUGGAUUUAGGCGGCGGGUUCUUUGUAGAUGAAGAUGAGCUGGACCGCUUGGAUGAAGAGAUCGGGGGCUGGGGCCGGAAACGGAGGCGGAUUGGGGAGGAGUACGAUGAUUGA